AUGGUUUACUUAAGUUCACAAAUAGUUGAUUCAAUGGCGCCACGUGGUAAGGUGAGCCGUAUACAAUUCAGAAUUUUAUCUCCAGAUGAAAUUCGACAAAUGUCAGUGACAAAUCCACCAAUUGAAUAUUCAGAUUUAUGUGAAGAAGGAAAAGGAAAAAUCCAAGGUCUUAUAGAUCCACGGCAGGGUCCAUCUGAUCAAAAUUCAAAAUGUCUUACUUGUACUGGUUCUUAUAUUGAAUGCCCAGGACAUUUAGAUCACAUUGAAUGUUAG